AUGUCUGAACAGGGUGAUUUUAUCAAAAGAAAACCAUCUGGGUCAGAAUAUAGGAAACGGAAAGCGGAAAAAGAAAAGGAAUUUCAAAAAACAAAGAAGUUUAUGAAUAUAGAUAAAUAUAUCAGAACAAAAAAUCAAGAGUUGAAUGUGGCAUCUACAUCUGCAAUACAAACGAAUGCAUCGGCAGUGGAGCCUCUGUCUGGCAAGUCCGAUGGAAUAGCUACUCAAGAGAUUGUGGAUGAAAAAUCCCGAAGUGAGGGAGCAAGUUGUGCUACGAUUACAGAUGCUGCUCAAGAAUCUGUUAUUGAUGUACAACAAAUACAUGUAUUAGAUGAUGUUGAUACUGUUGUCCCGAAUAUAGCGGAUCCAGCUACUUGGCCACCUAUUCGAAAUAGCAAAAUAAUUGAUUAUAUUAUAAAUACCGGCCCACUGCAAACUCACUGUGAUGAUUAUCCGAAAAAUGAUACAGGGCGACAUUUUUCUAAUUCUCAUUUCAUAAAAAAACUAGCAAACAGUGAGACAAUUCAGCGUCGUUGCUGA